AUGCCAAAGGCCGUGGCUCGCUCCCGUCGGGUACGGUACACGCCGUUUGGCCGAAAGGCCUCCAAUGCGAGCGACGAUACAGUUGUGUCGUCCAGCAAUCAUACCGCCGGUCAAGAUGGGGAUGAUCCGUCGGCGUGCAGUUCCGGAUCGAGUCCGGCCAAAUGCAACGGCGCUGGGUCCAUUGAAUCGGAUAAUGAUUUAAGCUUAGCGAGUACCCAGUCGCGCCCUACGGUGUUGCAUCUAUUCAUCAACAAUACACGCGUGAUGUCCAAGUCAAAGGACUGGACCAGUGUCCUAGACCCGGCCACGCAACGUCUCGUAUCUAGGGUACCGGGGAGUACUCGUGAAGAGAUUCAAAGUGCGGUCGAUGUGGCCCAGGCAGCACAGCCGGAAUGGGCCGCUUUGGGAUUUCAAACGCGGAGAGAGCAUCUUCUGAAUCUUGUAGAUGUGCUGAGGAAGAUGACACCGGCUAUCGUGACAUGUCUUUGCCGAGAAGUGGGCAAAACCGUUGCAGACGCAAAGGCAGAGGUUUUCCGCGGUCUUGACUGCAUUCAUGCCGCAUGUUCUAUAGGCCCCGAAAUGGCCGGCAUGUAUCUGGGAUCUGACCCUACCUUACUUCAGACCUUCUACGAGCCAUUGGGCGUAUGCAUGUCCGUUACUCCGUUCAGCUUCCCUUUUAUGAUCCCUUUGUGGUCCAUGCCGUAUGCACUGAUUACCGGAAACACGGUGGUCUUAAAACCAUCAGAGAAGGCUCCAUCGGCCUCAUCAUUCCUAGCAACGGCGACCAUUGAGGCCGGAUUCCCACCUGGAGUGUUCAAUAUUGUCCAUGGAAAUGCGGCCGCCGUGCAGAUGCUCAUCACCCAGCCCGCGGUGCAGGCCGUGAGCUUUGUUGGCUCUGAAGCGGCUGCGAAGCAGGUCCAUGACCUCGCGCGCAAUUCAAACAAGAGGAUUCAGGCCGAGUGUGGAGGCAAGAAUCACGGAGUGGUCCUGGAGGAUGCGAAUGAAAUGUCAACCCUGUUUGCGAUCGCAGGAAGUGCCUUUGGGGCAGCGGGGCAACGAUGCAUGGCGAUGAGCGUCGCGGUAUUCGUGGGAAGCACCCGAGAAUGGAUCCCUAAGUUAGUCGAUUUGGCUGAGUCCAUGCUCGUCGGCUGUGGUGUGGAGGCUAAGAUUGGGCCACUGAUUAACCGAACAGCGACGGCAAAUGUGACUGGGUUUAUUGAGCGCGCGAUCGAGGAAGGGGCAGUACUUCUAUUAGACGGACGGGACGUGGAGAUUCCGGAAUACCCUCACGGGAAUUUUGUGGGUCCGACUAUUCUGACUGGAGUGGAAACGUACAUGGAGUGCUAUCAGAAGGAGAUUUUCGGCCCAGUCUUAAUCUGCAUGGAGGUCGAGACGAUGGAUGAGGCGAUCGAGCUGAUCAAUCACAAUCAAUAUGGUAAUUCUUGUUCUAUGUUCACUACGAGUGGUAAGAACGCCAAAGCCUUUCAGCAACGCGUCAAUGUUGGGCAGAUUGGAAUUAAUAUCCCAUUAAUCGCACCGUACGGACCUGCUAUUAGAACGAGUAAUAAAGACUCUUUUCUAGGAGAGCGACAUACUCCUGGGAAGACAUACUGGCCGUUUUUCACCAACACCAAAACUGUAUCCUCCCGCUGGGAUUAG